AUGCUUAAUAUAAAUAUACUAAUUAUUUUCUGGGGUUGUUUGUUUUCAAAAUAUAUCCCAGGACAGAACCUUCUACUGCCAGCUAGAACUCCCAUCUGUGCAGUGCUACAGAACCUUAUGGAGUGCAGUCAGUGCGAGUUAGCUUUGCGGCUAAUAGUCUGUUCAUUUGGAUCCUGUCUUCAGCAUGGUAUAUCAAAUAACAUGGAUUUGCCCCUGAGUGAAAAGCUACAUGAUGGCAAUAUGCUAGCUGAAACCAAAAGCUUUCUCAUUGCUAUGAAACAGAAGUCUACUUCAUUAAUUAUGACCACUAUCCUGACCUUACUACACAAGGUGUUCAACUGCCGUCUCAUAGACCAGAACCUGGCAUUGGGUUAUUGCACAAUUUUGCCCAAGGAAGAUAUGUUCAAUAAGCUGUGGGAUGUCAUAAACAAUACAUGGCAAAAUUACAGAAAAGUUUUGGCAGUAGCUCUGGUUGGAGCACAGCUUGCUAACCAGUGUGGUGAAGCAGAAGAAAAAAAAAAAUUCCAAGAAUUGGUUACUGAUGCAGAAUGGGGUAUCCAACUUGGUAAAUUUGGUAUUUCUUUCGAGACUGUAUUUAGACAACCGCCAAUAAGGAAGAAGGAACUCAUAAGAACACUGGUACAAAAUCCAAAAGUAGACACAGAUCUCAUACUGAAUUACUGCAGUACUUUCAUGCUGGACAGUGAUGCCGCACUGCAGCUUUGCAUUGAAACACUUCUUCUCCAGAAUGCUAAUACAAAUCAUGUUGAAGAUGACUCUGCAGAAUGCAGUGGGAAGCAGCCUCAUUCCACAUUACUAGCUAGAGCACUAGAAAUAAUUCCUCUACUGAAAAGCACAAAAGACCUGGUCACUAGCCUCAGUGGAAUAUUGUACAAGCUUGAUCCUUAUGACUAUGAAACUAUUGAAAUUGUCCUGAAAGUGAUACAAAAUGCUGAUGAAAAGAACACCAGUAUCCAGCUAAAUCAGGCUUUGAGCCUCCUCAAACAUCUGGAAUCUUAUAAAAGAAUUUCUCCACCUGUAGACCUAGAACACCAAUAUGUUUUAGAGCAUGUGAUUCCCUUAUCUCCAGCUGCUCAAACCAGACUGCCCUUUCAUCUGAUAUUCUUUAGAACUGCACAGUGUUUCUGGAACAUUAUAUCUGCAGAGCUCAGUGAGGAAUCCUUCCCAACACUUCUGUUGAUUUCCAAACUAAUGAAGGUUUCACUGGAUACCUUGCACAUGUCUGCAGCUCGACAUGUCUUUGAAAAAAAAUUGAAACCAAAAAUAUUUGAAAUGAAGAACACUGGAUAUACAUCAGUUGUUAACAAGGAAACAACUAAAACCGUGCAGACUAUUCAGUCAUAUCUGCUGUCUAUAGUUAAUCCAGAGUGGGCUGUAGCUAUUGCUCACAAGAUUGCACAAGAAUUUCCAACAGGUCCUGACCAGAUUCAGGCAUUGAAAUUCUGUCUCUAUCUAGCUGAAAAAUGGCUAAAGAAUACUACAGCUAAGGAUGAAUCACAUGAAAAAGCAGAAGUCCUACAGAAGAAAUUAUAUAUGCAGUAUAAGCGAUCAGCAACUGAAAAUGUUCUAACAACACAUAACUUGAACACCGGAGAGCAUUUAAAGUCUAUUGGGAAACCAGCAAAUCUUAUCAUUUUACUAUAUGAACACCACAGUAUAGACCAAAGAAUCCAAAAUCCGACUGGCAGAGAUUAUCCAGAUAUCCAUAUGGCAGCAAAGGAGAUAGCUGAAAUUAAUAAUUUGGAUAUGAACAAAAUUUGGGAUAAACUGCUGGAUAAAUGGCUGUGUCCGAGUAUACUGCCCUCAGAAAAAACUCAAGAAAUCUUUGGAGGUAUACAGGAAGAUGAAGAACUCCGAAGAGUUAUAUAUUUACUUCAGUCACGCCCAAUGGAUUAUAGUUCAAGAAUGCUUUUUGCAAUUACAACAUCUGCCACAUCUCCAAUUGGUGUUACUCAGUUGACAUUUGCUCACAGGAGCAGAGCACUUAAGUGUCUGCUCUACUUGGCAGAUACCAAGACUGUGGAAUCGCUCUUCAAGAAACCCAUUGAGAAAGUAAAGUAUUUUCUAAAAUGCUGCAUUUAUCUGACAGAGUUUGAAAUCUUGAAUAUUCCAUAUACUUACGAAUCAUUUCAUAAGAGUCCUAAGGAAGGAAUGAUUAAAGGGCUAUGGAAGAAUCACAGCCAUGAACCCACGGCUGUUAGACUGGUGACAGAGCUUAGUCUAGAAUACAAAGUAUACGAUUCCCAGUUGUGGAAUGGCCUGCUACAGAAACUCCUUGGUUUCAAUAUGAUUCAAUACCUAAGAAGAGUUUUGAUAGCAAUUACUGGGAUUCAUUCAUUAUGGGAGAUUCCCAACUUCAGUCGAGCUUGGCGAAGUGUAGUUCUGUCACCAUUUCUCACAGCUUCAUGUCCACCGAGUCCUAAACAGUUAGAGGAAUGUUGUGAGUGUUUUGUGAUUCUGCUCAAGUGUCCUGUUCUGGCUGACUUGGAUGUCAUUGGAAUAGCUAAACAGUAUGCACAGCUGGACCUUCCAGCUUUUGCUUUGGGGUGCCUGUUGCUGAUUCCUCAGCCUGAGAAGCGAGAGCAGCAAAUUCAGGGUUUCUUAUCAACAUGUAACACAGAAACUGUGCUGCAACAAAUAGAUGAACACAUGAGCACUGGAGAAGUAGUGGCAUUUGCUUCUCAGAUUAGAUCUUUGGUUUUGGACAGUAUCAUAAAUGAGAAGCUAUAUGAAAAAUUCUUGAAAACUAAGUAUUUUCCACUGUUGAAGCAACAACUGAUGAAUACUCACCGAAUGAAAGAACUGGUGGAUUAUUUUGCCAAGAAGAACUGCAUUGAUGAUGCAACAGCCCUAGUUCAAGAAUAUCAAGAGAAAUGUGGAAAUCCUACUCUGGUAGACAUACCAUCAUCUGAUCUUCUGAAGAUGUAUCUGAAUGGACCAGAGGAGACCUGUGUACUGGAACUGUCAUCGAGAAGAUCUUAAUUUACCCUUUUGUUUUCUCCCUCUACUGGCAAGAUGAGGGUCGUGCAUUGAGAAUGCUCAUA